AUACUGCACAAAGAAGGACUCAACUUAGAAUCACAGGAUGCCCAGAAGUAUAAACUAUAGCUAUAUAUUAUAAAUGUGUGUGUGUAUGUAUAUGUAGAUAUGUGUGUAUAUAUAUGUGUGUGUGUGUGUCUGUACAUAGUAUAUGUAUGUGCUUGUAUGGGUAUGGAUAUAUAUAUUACUUUUGAGAGCGGGCAUCAGAAUUUCAUUUUUUAAUGUGUGCCAGUGUUCACAGAAAAAAGUGACAAUAAAGGCUAUCUUAUCUUAUCAAACCGUAAUUUAACAUGUAAACCUAGCCUAUCUAAUAGUUCAAUUUUUUUUUGUACAAAUCCCCAUUAAAUAAUUAUAUUAAGUAAUUGUUUGAUAGAAUAAAUUUGGUUACCUACGUCCUGCGAAAACAUGCCUGGGAUUUGAGUAAGCCUGUCAUUGUUCUGGAUCUCUUGAUGAAUAAAACAAAGGACUAUAUUGUGCAUUCCUAGGUAGCCUAUUCAAAACUAAUACCCACUGAUCUUCGUGGGCCAUACAGUGCACAAUAUGUGGCUGCAGAAUAACAGACAUUUUUUCCUACUAGUCAGUCUGAAUCCAUAGUUGGCUAGACUCAAGGGCCUACAUCAGUGUUUUUCAAACUUGAUGAGUCUGGACUUCAACUUCUAAAAUUCCCCAGCUAGCCUGCUGGAGUUGCCAUGUUUGAAAUUUACUGGCCUAAACAAAACAUUUAAUUUCUUUGUCCAUGCCCAUACCUAAUCAAGGAAUUACCAAGGAGAAAACCACACACCCCCAAAACACUGGCAGGGUAAACCCCAUAUUCAGAUGAUGUUACUUAAUUGGAUAAUGAAAAGUCUGCAAACAAACAGCCAAGCUCAGAAAAGUCUGCAAGCAAACAACUAAGCUCAGACAACAGCAAGGAUUCUGCAAUUCAUCCCUGAGCUUCUGGUUCUGUAUCAAUGAGGUUGAGGACUUAAUAGUGAUUCCUGAUGUUCUGCUUGAAACUGGAGAGCAUCAGAAAGCCUGAUCGGCAUCCAAGUGCUCACCGCCCGACCGUCUGCAUGUCCCAUGCAAGGAACGGAUGCUGGCGGCGCCGAGAAUGGAGUAAGCGAGGUCCGCGUAAGCGAAGGGUCGAAAGAGUUUCGGGCUGGAGGAAAGAGAGGGAGGAAGCAGGCGGGCAAGCCAGCCAGCCAGCCAGCCAGCGGUGGUUCUUUCUCAAGGAAGGACCUCGACGGAGGAAGCCAGAGAAAGCAGCGCAAGAAUGCACUAAAGGCAAGGGGAUUGCUGCUGCGCUGCCGUAGUCAAGACACUAAGCCCGAGUGCCUCCUGAAGCUCCCCAUCCUCCGCUGCGGCGUCCUGACCGAGCUUGUCAAUGGAGCUGGAGAAUAUAGUGGCCAACACGGUUUUGCUCAAAGCCAGAGAAGGGAGUACAGGGGAAAACUGGAACUGCUUCUCAUGCUUUGUGGAAUGAAGAAUGAAUUACAUAAACAUUCAGCUCUGAAUUUCAGUCAAAGCCAAGAUCUGUCAAGCUUUAUGAGGAGGUGGAGGAAAGCGCAAAGGUAAAAGCAAAAAAUGGAAGGAAAUCCUGAAGUUUCCUCAUAUUAGCCAGUGUGAAGAUCUUCGAAGAACAAUAGAGAGAGAUUAUUACAGUUUAUGUGACAAGCAACCAAUAGGAAGACUUCUCUUUCGGCAGUUCUGCGAGACUCACCUGGAGCUGCAGUGCUGUAUUAAGUUCCUUGAUUCAGUGGCAGAAUAUGAACUACUUCCAGAUGAAAAAUUGGGAGAGAAAGGCAAAGAAAUUGUGAUGAAAUACCUCAUCCCAGGGUGUCCAGUUUAUGUAGCAGAAGCCAGUCAAGAUCUUGUACAGCAGAUAAAAGAAAAACUUGAAAACAGCCCGUGUAAAGAGCUGUUCUCACCCUGUGUAAAGUCUGUUCAUGAGUACCUAAGUGGAGAGCCUUUCCAAGAAUACUCAGACAGCAUGUAUUUUGACAGAUUUCUCCAGUGGAAAUUGCUAGAAAGGCAACCAGUAACAAAAAACACAUUUAGGCAAUACAGGGUAUUAGGAAAAGGUGGCUUUGGAGAGGUAUGCGCCUGCCAAGUACGAGCAACUGGGAAAAUGUAUGCAUGCAAAAGAUUAGAGAAAAAAAGAAUAAAGAAGAGGAAAGGUGAAUCCAUGGCCCUUAAUGAAAAGCAGAUUCUAGAAAAAGUCAAUAGUCAGUUUGUAGUCAAUCUAGCCUAUGCCUAUGAAACAAAGGAUGCACUCUGUUUAGUUCUAACCAUAAUGAAUGGGGGAGAUCUGAAAUUCCAUAUCUAUAAUAUGGGAAACCCAGGCUUUGAAGAAGAAAGAGCUGUGUUUUACGCUGCAGAGAUUCUUUGUGGCUUAGAAGACCUACACAGGGAAAACACGGUGUACAGAGAUUUGAAGCCAGAAAAUAUCCUGUUAGAUGAUUAUGGCCACAUCAGAAUAUCUGAUUUGGGUCUAGCUGUUAAAAUUCCUGAGGGUGAGUCUAUCCGUGGACGAGUAGGAACAGUUGGUUAUAUGGCUCCAGAAGUCUUGAAUAACCAGCGAUAUACCCUUAGCCCUGACUACUGGGGGCUAGGCUGCUUAAUCUAUGAAAUGAUUGCAGGACAGUCACCCUUUCGAGGAAGGAAAGAAAAGGUGAAGCGGGAAGAAGUAGACAGGAGAGUCUUGGAGGUGGAAGAGGUGUAUUCCCAUAAAUUCUCUGAUGAGGCAAAGUCUAUCUGCAAAAUGCUAUUGACCAAAGAUAUGAAACUGAGGCUGGGAUGUCCGGAUGAUGCUGCUGAAGUAAAGAGUCACCCGUUUUUCAAGAGCAUGAAUUUCAAACGUCUCCAAGCAGGAAUGUUGGAACCCCCUUUUGUCCCUGAUCCGAGAGCAGUGUACUGCAAAGAUGUGUUGGAUAUUGAACAGUUUUCAACUGUCAAGGGAGUAAACCUGGACCAAACAGAUGAUGAUUUCUAUUCCAAGUUUUCUACAGGGUCUGUAUCUAUUCCAUGGCAAAAUGAGAUGAUAGAAACAGAAUGUUUUAAAGAACUAAACAUAUUUGGACCAAAUGGUACUAUUUCACCAGACCUUAACAAAAACUAUCCUCCAGAACCACCGAAGAAAGGAUUGCUGCAUCGAAUAUUUAAACGUCAGCAUCAGAACAAUUCCAAGAGCUCUCCAAACUCAAAGACCAAUUUAAAUCAUCACAUAAAUUCCAAUCACGUCAGUUCAAACUCUACUGGGAGCAGUUAGCUUUUUCUGGCUUAUGGAUAUUACAUCCUUCCACUGGUAGAGUAUCAAGCAUCAAGGAUGAGAAGAGCAUCCACCAUCAAUCUAGAAGAUCAACAGUUUAUAACCACGGAAGUUUUUUUUCCUCCUGUCUGUUCUUUUUAGGGAAGCUUCCCAUUGUAUGAAGAUAUUUACUCUCAGGUCUGUUUUUGUGGGUGGAACCUGAGGUCUUAUGACUCAACAUUGUCUCUGUUGGACACCGCAAUAGAAAUUGGAGGCUGACAACUUGCACGUAUUUAAAAUCGCAUCCUAACUAGAACUGAAUUUUGUCCUUAUUAUUUUUAAAGAAAAGGUUUUGUAAAUUUCUCUAUUGUCUCAGUUUACAUUUUGUACAUUUGUAUUUAAAUGAAAGUCAAACUUGGGGUUGUAUAUUUUCUGAGCAGCAGCUUGUAAAGCCAUGUGUUUUAAGA